GCGCUGCUAUGCGAGCUUAUGUGCGUCUCGGAGGCUCGGUGCGCGGCUGAGAGGUGGUCUUUAAGAGUUCAGCAAGGACCACUGACCCUGCACACCUCACUCACCACAGAAAAGACACACAAGAGCCACUUGAACGGCAAGAGCAGACACAUUCUUCGAGGACGAUCUCCGCAACUCUUUGCGCAAAAAAAAAAAAGGCACGCGAGGAGGGAAGCACGGAAGCGCACCAAAGCUGGAUCAAUGCGCAUUACUUUUAUUUAGCUAAUACUUUUCUUAAACACUCAAUGUCUGUGCCCUGUAAAGACUGACCGUUGGGCUUUGUAUUUAAUAGAAGAUAUUUUCGGAUCUGAAAUGGGCACCCGAUUCGGGUGGUUUUUGUUUGCCCUUUCAGUGGCGCUCUCGUUCGGGCAGGACGCACGCACCAAAGCCGCUGAAGAGGACAUCCCGGAGGGCGCAUCCACCCUCGCAUUCGUGUUUGACGUGACCGGCUCCAUGUACGACGACCUGGUCCAAGUUAUAGAGGGGGCGUCCAAGAUUCUGGAGACAUCAUUGAGUAGACCGAAUCGGCCGCUCUACAACUUCGCCCUGGUCCCCUUCCAUGAUCCAGAAAUCGGACCCGUAACAAUCACAACAGACCCAAAGAAAUUCCAAUAUGAGCUGAGGGAGCUGUAUGUUCAGGGUGGCGGUGACUGUCCAGAGAUGAGCAUUGGUGCUAUAAAAAUUGCUCUGGAGAUUUCACUACCAGGAUCCUUCAUUUACGUCUUUACAGAUGCUCGGUCCAAAGAUUACAAGCUGACCUAUGAUGUCCUUCAACUCAUUCAACAGAAACAGUCCCAGGUCGUGUUUGUACUGACGGGGGAUUGUGAUGACAGGACUCACAUUGGCUACAAGGCAUAUGAGGAAAUCGCCUCCACCAGCUCUGGACAGGUCUUCCAUCUGGACAAGAAACAGGUCAAUGAGGUUUUGAAAUGGGUGGAGGAGGCUGUGCAGUCCUCAAAGGUCCACCUGUUGUCCACUGAUCACAUCAUUGGGGUCAGCAACACCUGGCAGAUCCCCUUUGACCCCAGUCUCAAGGAAGUCACUGUUUCCCUCAGUGGCCCCACACCAGAUAUCCAGAUUGUAAACCCUCAGGGGAGGAUCGUGGGGAAGAGUGAUGGUCUGACUGAGUUGUUGCACAUUCCCAACUCUGCCAAAGUUGUCAACAUCAAAGACCCGCAGUCCGGGUUGUGGUCUAUCAAGACUUCUAGUGAAGGAAGACACUCAGUUCGCAUCUCAGGUCUCAGCAGCAUAGACUUCCGAGCUGGGUUCUCCCGAAAGCCCACAAUGGAUUUCAAAAAGACGAUCAGUCGUCCAGUUCAAGGUAUUCCAACCCACAUCCUGCUGAACACAACUGGGCUGUCUCCACCUGCUCGAGUUGAUCGGCUCGAGCUCUUGGCAAUAACAGGCAGAGUCAUUAAAACUCUGCCAAUCCGCUACUAUCCUGAACGCCAACCGUACAGCCUCUGGAACAUCACCGAUUUUAUUCCACCAAAUGAAGCCUUCUUUCUGCGGGUGACGGGAUUUGACCGGGAUGGUUUUGUUUUCCAGAGAGUCUCCAGUGUGUCCUUCUCAAGUAUUAUACCAGAUGCUCCGAAAGUCUUGAUGCCAGCAAUUACCCAUGGUUAUUAUCUCCAGAAAGGGGGUGUAAGAUGUCAAGUGGAAAGCGUGAUUCCCUUCACACUACGAUUCAGCAAUGAUGGAAGGCGACUUGGGAUGGAUCAAUUAUUCAGGGAGUCUGACACGGCAUCAUGGGAAAUAGAAGUGGUAACUUCAAAGGAUGAAGGCUACUACGAAUGCAUUGCUAUUAACAGCGCUGGAACAGGACGAGCUCGCACCUUCCUGGAUGUAUCAGAGCCACCUCCCGCUGUCACAGUUGAAGGCAACGUAACAGUUUCACCCGGAUCCCGAGCUGUCCUCACCUGCCAUGUUAUCAGCACAGUCAGCUUCAACCUAACUUGGUUGAGAGAGGGUCUUGAUGCCCGCCUGGACCCUCGGGUUCGCGUCUUGACUAAUCUUUCACUUCAAGUAUCUUCUGUGAUGGCGGAUCACUCAGGCUGGUAUGAGUGUAUUGCUGUCAAUGAAGGAGGGAUGACAGCAGAGCGAGUCAACCUUGUUGUGCAAGAGGUGCCUCGUGUCUCCGUGGAGCCUCGGAACCAGACGUUUGCAUCAGGAGAAGAAGUCAAGAUCAGAUGCUCAGCCAGUGGCUACCCGCCACCCUUCCUGGCUUGGACACACAAUGGCAUGUUUAUUAUGGCAUCAAGCAGACACAGAAUGACAGGUGAUGGCACGCUAUCAAUAAGAAACAUAGAGAAGAUGGAUGAAGGUGUUUAUGGCUGCUUGGCCAGCAACCAAGCGGGAACUGACUCGAUGGUUUCCAUCCUCACUUACAUCGAAUCUCCUGUGGUGACAGUGGCUGUUGAUGAGAUACUCACUGGUAUUGGAGAAAACACUGUGAUGGCCUGUUCUGCGUCAGGAAUCCCCCACCCAGAGAUCUGGUGGUACAAAGGUGAUGUCCAGCUGCAAUCAACAGCUUCGUUGGACAUAGAUGCACUGGCAGGUACAAUGACCAUUAAGAAUACCCAGGAAGUUGAUGCUGGAGACUACACUUGUGUGGCUUCCAACACUGCUGGCACUUCAUCAGGAAAGGUUGCUCUUGAUGUUGGGGAUGCACCAAAGUUCACCCAAGAGCCAUUAAACGUGUCGGUGGACAUCGGUUCCAAUGUGACCCUGCCAUGCCAAGCCCAAGGCUAUCCAGAUCCACAAGUCACCUGGAGGAGAUUGGACGGUUUGCCCCUUUUCGAUCAGCACCACAGACGUAGCGUCAUGACUCAAGACAAGCGAGGUCUUCAUAUCACCAACCUGUGGGUUGAGGAUGAGACAGAAUAUGUCUGUGAGGCUUCCAACCAUUUUGGCAAGAUCCAAACCCACGCAAGCAUCACUGUGACAGGACUGGUGACGCCUGUCAUUGCAAUGAGUCCAGCAGUGAUCAGUGUGAUCAAGGACCAGCAGUUGACUUUACCCUGUGUACUGUUGGCUGGCAAUCCACUGCCUGAGAGACAGUGGCUGCACAACUAUGGCCUUGUGACCUCAGAUGAGUAUGUGACUGUACGGAGGGAUGGCAGUCUGCACAUUGAGCGAGUUCAGCUGGACGACGCUGGUGACUACACAUGCUUGGCUGAGAGCCUUGUUGGGGCCACCAAUCACACCACAGCUGUCAACGUCCACGUGAUUCCAUCCAUUCAACAUGGCCCUCAAGUGUUCAGCACGAUUGAGGGGACACCCAUCUCUCUGCCCUGCCGUGCCAGCGGGAUACCCACACCUGAGAUCACCUGGUCUAAGGGUGGGGAGCCUGUAAACUUGGGUGGUCCAGCCUUCUCUUUGGACUCUGAUGGCAGCCUGCUCAUUGCCUCACCCUCUGGAAAUGAGACAGGAGAGUUCCUCUGCACAGCUGCCAAUGCUGCUGGUCAUACCUCAAGAAAAGUCCAGCUAACUGUCUUUGUACGCCCGAGGUCCAAUACUAGUGGCGCCAGAGUCUCCUCUGUCCCAACAAGGAUGUCAGUGAUUGAGGGUGAAGAUGCAAUUUUACUAUGUGAAGUACAUAGUGUCCCCCCUCCCUCCAUUAGCUGGGCCAGGGAGAGACAACUCAUCUCUCCUUACUCGCCAAGACACAAUCAGCUCCCCUCAGGGUCACUGAAAAUCUUCGAGACCAAAGUGUCAGACAGUGGACUCUAUGUAUGCGUUGCCUCCAACAUUGCUGGCAAUCUAACUCAAUCCAUUGAAUUGAGUGUUCUGGUGCCCCCUAAUAUCCAGGCGGGUCCCAGGGUCAUGAAAGUCCAGAUGGGUCAUCUUGUCGAGCUUCUGUGCAUCGUGCAAGGUGUACCGAAGCCCAGCCUUUCCUGGACAAAGGAUGGCAAGACGUAUCCGAUGUCCCCUGAUGGCAGUCUCGCUUUGGGCCCAGUGGGGCUGGGAGAUGAAGGAACUUAUACGUGUACAGCAGUCAACAUUGCAGGCAGCGAUGAAGCUCAAGUGCAACUGCUAAUACAAGUUCCCCCAGUGGUUGAAGUUUUGGAGCCCCCAUUCAAUAGUCACUUACAGGAGAGAGUUGCAAAUCAACGAAUAGCCUUCCCUUGCCCUGCCAAAGGGCUUCCCAAGCCAGUGAUUCGAUGGUUACGUAAUGGCCAGGAACUUACCGGUAACGAGCCCGGUGUGUCUAUUCUGGAGGAUGGCACGAUGUUGAUUCUGGCAUCUUUGUCACCGCUGGACGAGGGGGAGUAUGUCUGUGCUGCCGCAAAUGAUGCUGGGUCCACAGAGAGGAAGUAUCAGCUCAAAGUCAAUGUUCCCCCAACACUCCGUGACAGUGACACAUCAGGAAACUUUUCUGUGGUUCAGAACCAGCCCACCAAUUUGGCCUGUGAUAUAACAGGAAGCCCGAUGCCAGUCAUCACCUGGUACAAAGAUGGAAUUCUUGUAGAGGCUAGUAACAACAUUCAGAUUGUCGAUAAGGGGAAAACCUUAAAACUACUGAAGGCAGCGACAGCAGAUGCGGGCAGCUACACCUGUAAAGCCCUCAACAUUGCUGGCAGCACACAAAAAGACUUCUUUGUGGACGUACUGGUCCCACCCACCGUUGCGGGGUCCGAUUCUCCCCAAGAUAUGUCUGGAAUUCUCAAACAGGAGAUCAGGUUGGAGUGCAAAGUAAAAGGAGUGCCAUUUCCCACGAUCCAGUGGUACAAGGAUCGAAGGCUGGUAUUUCUUGGGGAUCCAAACUUGGAGGUCAUGGACCAUGGGCAAGUGUUAAGAAUAAAGAGUGCCCGUCUAGGAGACCAGGCGAGGUAUCAAUGUAGCGUCAUGAAUACAGCUGGCAAACAGUCCAAGGACUUCAAUCUCAAGGUGUAUGUUCCCCCAUCCAUCAGAGGUGGUAACCAAACAACAGAAGUUACCGUCCUGCUGGACACACUCGUCACGCUUGAGUGUGAGGCACGGGGAGUGCCACUCCCCAUCAUCACCUGGUUCCGAAAAGGAGAGGCCAUCCUUUCCAGCCGCCAGUCUCAGUACGUAGAACAGGGGCGUUUCCUGAAGAUCCCUCGGGUGCAGGCAUCAGAUGUUGGCCAGUACACCUGCAAGGUUACCAGUGUCUCCGGAACCGCGGAAAAGAUCUUUGAGCUUGAUAUCUACUUGCCUCCGUCCAUAGCAGGAGGACAGAGCGGAACUUCUGAAAAAAAGGUGGUUCUCAGUAAGCCUCUCAUCUUAGAGUGUGAGGCUGGUGGCUACCCUCCCCCUUCCCUUACCUGGCUGAAGGAUGGCGUUCCAGUCCAACACGGAGACAAAGUGCGAGUCCUUGACCAAGGGAGGAAAAUUGAAAUCAUGUCAGCCAUGGUGUCGGACUCAGGACGCUACGUUUGUGUGGCAACAAGCAUUGCUGGCGAGGCGGAAGUCACGUAUGACGUCAGAGUUUUGGUGCCGCCUUCUAUUGAUGGAGGAGACGAGAUGACUGACAGCACCAUAAUUGUCAACAGCCCUCUGGAGCUGGAAUGCCAAGCCACUGGAACACCUGCACCUGCAAUAACGUGGUAUAAAGAUGGACAGUUAGUCAGAUAUGGCGAAGGGAUGCGACUUGCAGCCAACGGCUGGCGACUGAUUAUCCCCCGUGCUCAGGUCUCUGACACGGGUCGGUUUCAGUGUGUGGCUACCAAUGAAGGAGGAGACCAAGAGAAGGACUUCAAUGUGGUUGUACAAGUUCCUCCAUCGAUUCGUUCCACUGGGACUGCCGAGCGUGCGGUUGUUCUGCACAAAACAAUCAAUCUGGAGUGCAUCUCAAGUGGCAUCCCUGCACCAACCAUGACCUGGCUUAAAGAUGGUCGACCUGUUGAUACAUCACAGGAGCACUUAAAGCUCGAGUCAGCAGGCAGAGUUCUAAAGGUCUUAGGGGCUAGACAAGAGGAUUCUGGGAAAUACACUUGUCUGGCCACAAAUGCUGCCGGUGAAGCUCAAAAAAACAUACGCCUCAGUGUCCAUGUGCCCCCCACGAUCUCAGCCCCUGGAGACAUCAUCAACCAGACCAUCCUAUCAGGCUUCUCGACUGAGCUUGAGUGCAAGGCCGCAGGCAGUCCAUUACCUGCGAUAACAUGGUCCAAAGACGGUCGACCGCUGACAAGUGCAGCUGGGAUGACUCUGCUGAAACGUGGCCAGGUGUUGGAGAUUGAAAGAGCUCAGCUCUCGGAUGCAGGGAUAUACAGAUGCAUAGCAGUCAACUUGGCCGGAGUUGCAGAGAUAUCCCACAGCUUGCAGGUGUUCGUGCCGCCGGUCAUCUCAAGCCGAGGUGGCACAGUAACAGUAGUCGUGAACGAGCCUGGCAGACUGGAAUGCGAGGCUACGGGAGUGCCCUUACCUAGUCUCACCUGGCUCAAAGAUGGCAGCCCUGUGACGAGUGUAUCCCAUGGCACACAGGUCUUGUCUGGUGGCAAGGUGCUGUCUCUGCGGAGUGCACAGGUUGGUGACAUGGGCCGGUAUACCUGCGUUGCUGUCAAUGCUGGAGGAGAGCAACAGCAAGAUUAUGAUCUGAGGGUUUAUGUGCCGCCCAACAUCAAGGGAGAGGAAAUGAACGCUACCGUGAUGCUCGGAAGUUCGGUGGACCUGCACUGUCUGAGUGAUGCCAUUCCCCCACCCACUCUGUCGUGGCGCAAAGAUGGCCGCCCACUGUUCAAAAAACCUGGUCUGACUCUCUCAGCAGAUGGGAGUUUGCUCAAGGUUGUCAGUGCUCAGGUGCAGGACUCAGGCAGGUAUACCUGUGAGGCCACAAACAUUGCUGGCAAGACAGAGAAGAACUAUAAUGUGAAUGUGUGGGUUUCUCCAAGUAUUCGAGGCUCGGAAGAGGUGUCACCACUCACAGUGAUUGAAGGAAGUCUCAUCACACUGGUGUGUGAAUCCAGUGGAAUCCCACCUCCCAGGCUCAGCUGGAGGAAGGAUGGUGCGGUGCUCCCAUCUGACGAGCGUCUCAGGGUUUUGUCAGGGGGUCGGCACCUGCAGAUUUCCAAUGCUGAGAGGACAGACGCAGCUUCCUAUGUCUGUACGGCUUCCAGUGCAGCUGGCAGCACAUCCAAGGAGUACAACCUGCAGGUUUAUGUCCGCCCUUCCAUCAGACACAACGAGGGUGACGCCGACGGCAUCGUUGUGACAAAAGGAGGCGAUGUGAUGUUACAGUGUGCUGCAGAUGGCGUGCCGCGGCCAGCGGUCACCUGGCUGAAAGAUGGACGGCCCAUCACAGGCCUCCAUAAUGCUAAGAUUCUGAAUGAGGGAAGGCUGCUUCAGAUUAAAGAUGCUAACAUUUCGGACACGGGACGCUACACCUGUAUUGCUGUUAACGUGGCAGGGCAGGCAGAAAACAAGCAUGACAUCAGUGUGCAUGUCCCACCAACGAUCAUUGGUGAGGUUCAGCUCCCCGAAAAUGUCAGUGUGGUUGUGAAGAACCCGGUGGCUCUGAGCUGCGAGGCUUCUGGCAUUCCUCUUCCUGCCAUCACCUGGUUGAAGGAUGGUCGACCAAUCAGAGGGACCAGUUCUGUUCGUGUUCUUUCAGGUGGGCGCAGCCUACGUCUAAUGCAUGCUGCAGUGGAGGACGCUGGGAGGUACAGCUGCAUCGCAUCGAACAGUGCUGGAGAAGAAAAUAAGAAUUUUGACCUUGCCGUCCUGGUUCCACCAAGUAUUGUAGAAGAAGGAAGUGUUACGGACACCAAAGUGAAGGAGAGGCACAACAUUACUCUGAACUGUGAGGCCUCAGGUAACCCAAUCCCAGAAAUUACAUGGCUGAAGGAUGGAAAACAAUUCCUGCCAGACGGACGCCAUCUUGUCUUGUCUCAUGGCCGUUACCUCCUAAUUUCUGCUGUGCAAGUUGCUGACACUGGCAGAUACAGUUGCCUUGCAUCAAACAUUGCAGGGGAUCGCAGCCGCCAUUUCAACCUCAAUGUCUUGGUUUCUCCCAGCAUUGCUGGGUCAGGACCAGAUGGUUCGGCAGAGGAGGUGACGGUUACCUUGAGUAGCCCUACCUCACUGGUGUGUGAAGUUCAGUCGUACCCUCCUGCACUGAUCACCUGGCUCAAAGAUGGCAGAUCAUUCGAGUCCAGUCAGAAUGCCAGAGUUCUUCCAGGUGGCCGAACCCUGCAGAUUUUUAAUGCAAAAGAAGAGGAUGCUGGGCGUUACACUUGUGUUGCCACAAAUGAGGCUGGAGAGAGUCUCAAGCACUACGAUGUCAAAGUAUAUGUUCCCCCACAAAUCGAUAAAAACGAUAUCCUGAGUGAAGGACUAACCCCUAAAGUAGUCAAGGUCAAGGUCAACAGCACACUUACGAUGGAGUGUGCAGCUCAGGCCUUUCCUACCCCAGCACUGCAGUGGUACAUGGACGGAAAGAUUCUGCUGGCAGAUGAGCACGUGUCCAUCACAGCUAAUGGUCGCAUUGUUCAGAUCAGACAUGCUCAGGUGUCCGACACUGGCCGUUACACUUGCAUUGCCACUAAUGUAGCUGGAGAGGACGAGAAGGACUUUGAUGUAAAUAUACAAGUUCCUCCCAGCUUCAACAGACCCACCGGAACUGGUGAUACAGCGUCCCCAUCAAGCUUUGGAGUGGAUGCUCGUGAAGUGAUACUCAAUAAUCCAAUUUCUCUAUACUGUGAGCCCAAUGCUGUGCCCCCUCCUGCACUGACUUGGUACAAAGAUGGCCGGCCCUUGAUCUCCAAUGAUAACAUUCUAAUCAUGCCAGGGGGAAGAGUGCUACAGAUCCCCAGGACUCAGGCGGAGGACUCGGGCAGAUACACUUGUGUGGCUGUCAAUGAAGCAGGAGAAGAUUCCAUUCAGUAUGAUGUUAGAGUAUUAUUGCCCCCCACUAUACGAGGUAUACACAACGAGUUACCUGAUGAGGUGACAGUCUUGGUCAAUAAAACAACUUUGCUGGAAUGCCAUGUGGAUGGAAACCCCGCCCCCAAGAUAACCUGGUUUAAGGACAACGAGCUGGUCAGCCGUGAUGGACCUCAUAGGAUUCUGUCCAAUGGCAGAACACUUCAGGUUUUGACAGCUCAAGUGUCUGACACAGGACGCUAUGUGUGUGUGGCUGACAAUGUGGCUGGAAGUGUUGAAAAAUCCUUUCAUCUCAAUGUGCAUGUUGCUCCUACUAUUUUAGACCUAAACCAUGAAAACGUGACAGUCGUGGUGAACAACUUUGUUUCCCUGUCAUGUGAAGCCAGUGGUUUCCCCCCUCCUACCUUGAGUUGGUUAAAUGAGAGGGGUCCAGUUCAGGGCAACACCAAUGCACUCAUCAUGCCGGGUGGUCGUACAUUACAAAUCUUGAAAGCCAAAGUAUUAGAUGGCGGAAAGUACAGUUGUGUUGCCCUGAAUGCAGCAGGAGAGGCUUACAAGAACUUUUACCUCACAGUUUUUGUUCCACCCAGUAUCCGGGAUAAGAACUGGAAUUCCCCCGUGGUUGUCAAUGUGCUUGCGGGGAAAUCAGUCACUCUGGAGUGUGAAUCCGAAGCAGUACCUCCUCCCAUCAUCACCUGGUACAAGAAUGGAAGGAUGGUGACAGAAACUGUCAACUUGCGCAUUCUGGCUGGGGGGCAGACGCUUCAGAUCAGAGCCUCUGAGGUGUCUGAUACUGGACAAUAUGUGUGCAAGGCCACUAACGUUGCUGGUCAAAUGGACAAGAACUUCCACCUGAACAUUUACGUUGCCCCUCAUAUUGAUGGCCCAGCUGAGGAACAUUUUGUGGAGACCAUCAAUAACCCAGUAACCUUUGCUUGUGAUGCUGUUGGGAUCCCUCCUCCCAUUCUCACGUGGUUGAAGAAUGGACAACCAAUCGCGAGCUCAGUUUCUUUGGAGAUGCAUAUAUUCUCUGGAGGCAGCAAGCUUCAGAUUGCACGGUCACAGAUGUCCGACAGUGGCACUUAUACUUGUUUGGCCUCCAAUGUGGAAGGCAAAGUGCAGAAAAACUACCACCUCACCAUACAAGUUCCACCUAGUAUCUCUGAAUCAGAGUUACCCAGUGAGAUUGGGGUCCUGCUAAAUGAAAGCAUACAGCUCGCGUGUCAUGUCCAGGGAUCGCCGAGUCCAACCAUCCAAUGGUUAAAAGAUGGAGAAGUCAUCAACAAUGCAGGCAAUAAGGACUUAAGAAUCAGCCCAGAUGGCAGCAUCCUUACUGUGACUGCUACCCACACCACUGACAGUGGCAAGUACACCUGUGUCGCCUCCAACAGUGCAGGAGAAGAAGAUCGGAUAUUCAAUUUGAAUAUAUAUGUGCCUCCUGUGAUUGAGGGCAACAGUGAAAUAGUCGAGGAAUUGACCACAGUCCUUGACAGCUCAGUCAACAUCAAGUGUGUGGCAACCGGAUCUCCUGCGCCACAGCUUAAUUGGCUCAGAAAUGGCCUCCCCCUUCCACUGUCCUCACAUAUACGUCUUCUCUCUGCAGGCCAGAUGCUCCGGAUUUCACGCACCCAAGUAUCUGAUGGUGGCACCUACACUUGUGUCGCAUCAAAUAGAGCAGGAGUUGACAACAGACAUUACAACCUACAUGUGAAUGUCCCCCCAGUUCUGGAUGGAGCAAGGAGCACGGUUGACGUGAUUGUAGUUCGAGGAAACCCGGCUUCUCUGCUGUGUUUAGCGGACGGAACCCCAACCCCAUCUGUCGCCUGGCUCAAAGAGGGGCGAUAUCUGUCAAAUGACACCCAAGUGAGACUACUGAACCAAAAUACAACAAUGCAGUUCCUCCAGGCUGAAGUCAGCAACACAGGACACUACACCUGUAUCGCUAGCAACACAGCGGGUCAAGCAAGCCGUCACUUCAACUUGAAAGUUCUUGAACCUCCGCAAAUCAAGACAUCAGGUGUACCGGCAGAUGUUUCUGUGGUGGUUAAUAGUAUAAUGGAGCUUCAGUGUGAGGCCUCGGGUAUUCCUCCACCCUCCUUGACAUGGUUGAAGGAUGGACGUCCACUUCCACAAACUGCCAGCGUUCGACUCCUUCAAGGAGGAAAAGUGCUCCGCGUGGCCUCAGCACAGUUGGAGGACAUGGGCAGAUACAACUGCUUAGCCAACAGUCCAGCAGGCGAUGAUGACAAAGAAUUCUUAGUGCGAGUGCACGUUCCCCCUAACAUUGCGGGGGAGAGCACUCCUGAAGAGGUUUCCGUGCUGCAGAAUAGACAGGUGACUCUGGAAUGCAAGUCUGAUGCUGUUCCACCUCCAACUCUAAGCUGGCUCAAAGAUGGUCAACCAUUGCAGGUGUCUGCGCGUGUGCGUGUUCUCUCAGAAGGCCGCUACUUACAGAUCAACAUGGCUGGGCUCAGUGACAAGGCUCAGUAUACCUGCAUGGCCAGUAACAUCGUUGGCAGGACCACACGCGAAUUUAACCUGAAUGUCAAUGUGGCCCCAACAAUCAAAGAUGGCCCUCAGACGGUGGCAGUUCGUAUCAAUGAGCCAGUUGUGCUUGAGUGUGUUGUAAGCGGUGUACCAGCACCUCAGGUCACAUGGAGGAAACACGGAACCACAUUGGCCGGAAAUAACUCCAGGUACACAUUUAUGGAGGAUGGCUCGUUACACAUCCACUCUGCACAGGUGACCGACACCGGCCGCUAUUUGUGUAUGGCAACAAACCCGGCUGGGACGCAACGCAAGAGAGUCGACCUUGAAGUAUAUGUGCCUCCCUCCAUCCUUGAUGGACGCACCAAUGUGACGGUUACAGUAAAUGUUCAAACCACCCUUGCUUGUGAGGCCAGUGGCAUACCCAAGCCCUCUGUGAUCUGGAUGAAAAAUGGCCGAGCAAUCAAUACUGACCAGAACCAGAAUAUGUACAGGUUGCUCACAUCUGGCUCUCUGGUAGUGAUAGCACCCACAGUGGAGGACACAGCUUUGUAUGAGUGUGUUGUCUCCAACGAGGCAGGGAAAGAUGCCAGAUCCAUCAAUCUUACGGUCCAAGUUCCUCCAUCAAUAGCUGACGAACCCACCGACCUAGUUGUCACUAGGUUGUCCCCAGUGGUCAUUGCCUGUACUGCCUCAGGCAUCCCAGAUCCCACAAUUCAUUGGAGCAAAGAUGGCGUCAAGAUGCUCGACCUGGGACAUGGAUAUAGAAUCUUGCACACAGGUCAAGUAGAAAUAAGCUCAGCUGAGCUCAGUCACGCAGGACGCUAUUCAUGCACAGCGAAGAAUACUGCAGGCUCUACACAUCGUCAUGUGCAGCUCACUGUACAGGAGCUUCCUGUGAUCCAUUCGCACCCAUCCUCCCUGGAAGUGAUCCUCAAUAAUACCAUCGUGCUUCCCUGCAGGGCCACAGGCUCACCAAGGCCGACAAUCACCUGGCAGAAGGAGGGCAUCAAUAUACACACCACAGGUGGAAGUUUCACGGUGCUACCUCAUGGGAGUCUACAGAUCACCAAAGCGUCUGUGUCCAACUCUGGAACUUAUAUAUGCGUGGCUCAAAACCCAGCGGGUACAGCCCUGGGCAAGACCAAACUUAGAGUACAGGUACCUCCAGUCAUCAGCUCAGAAACGCAAAAUUAUCUGGCUCCUGUGGACUCCUCCGUGACACUGCAAUGUCAGUCAGAUGGCAUCCCUCCACCUUCUGUUACGUGGCACAAAGAAGGGCAGCCCCUCGGGGAAUCUGUACGGCAACGCGUGCUCGGUUCAGGCUCCCUACAGGUCGCAUUCAUCCAGCCGGAGGAUACGGGAAUUUACACUUGCACCGCCGCCAAUUCUGCGGGAACAACGAGCCUGGAGAUGAGCCUGACUGUGCAAAUCCCCCCCUCCAUUCUUGACUUAGAACCGGAAGUUGUAGUGGUGGAAAGUAAUCAGGCCCAACUGGCAUGUCUGGUGAAGGGCGUCCCACAACCGACGCUGUCCUGGCAGAAGGACGGUGUUCUUUUAGGAGUGGGAACUGGGGAGUACACCAUUUUGCCCUCUGGGGAGCUUGUUAUUGACGCUGCUCAGCCUGGUGAUGCAGGCAGUUACACAUGUGUUGCCUCCAAUGAAUUGGGUCAUGACAGUAGGACAGUGAGCCUGUCUGUUCAUACCUACCCUGUCUUCACUGAGUUGCUUGGAGACAUCUCCGUCAACAAGGGAGAGCGCCUCCUGCUGGACUGUGGAGUCAGUGGUAUACCCCUGCCCAGGAUCACAUGGGCCUUCAACAACAACAUCAUUCCAGUUCACUAUGAUCACAUGAGUGGCCACAGUGAGUUGGUGAUAGAGAGAGUGAGUAAAGAAGAUGCUGGCACUUAUACCUGUGUGGCAGAAAACUCAGUUGGAAGCAUCAAGUCUUUGGGUUUGGUAAAUGUCAAAGAGCCUCCCAUCAUUGAUGGGGACCUUCACUCCAGUCGUAUUGAACCGCUUGGCGGCAACGCCAUCCUGAACUGUGACGUUCGGGGAGAACCACUUCCUACCAUCCAGUGGAGCAAAAAUGGAAUAAACGUACACAUCAACAACCGAGUCCGUCAACUGGACAACGGCUCUCUGGCCAUCUAUGGCACAGUGGUUGAAGAUGCAGGCAACUAUAUUUGUGUGGCAACGAAUGAUGCUGGUGUUGUGGAAAGAAGUGUCACGCUAACCUUGCAGAGUGCGCCCACCAUAAUAGUAGAGCCUGUAACAACAGUGGUGGAUGCGGGAACUACAUUGGUCCUCAACUGCCGGGCGGAGGGUGAGCCUACCCCCAUUAUAGAAUGGUCUCGCCAAGGGCGUCCUCUUUUAGGCCACGCCCACUUCACUACUCUAUUUAAUGGGUCCCUGAGGGUAAAUAGUGCCCAGAAGGAAGACACAGCUGAAUAUGAAUGUGUGGCAAGAAACUUACUAGGAUCAGUCCUGGUUCGGGUUGGGUUAAAUGUUCAAGUUCACGGAGGCUACUCUGAGUGGGCUGAGUGGAGCCCUUGCAGUUUAACAUGUGGGAUUGGUUCUCAGAAGAGGCAGAGACAAUGUAACAAUCCUCUUCCUGCCAACGGUGGACGCCACUGUGCAGGAUCAGGCACAGAGACGCGCAGUUGUCAUGGGAAACCUUGUCCGGUUGAUGGGAAAUGGUCAGAGUGGUCUUCGUGGGAGGAGUGCUCUCGUUCAUGUGGUCAUGGUAACAGAACAAGGGUGCGGACCUGCAGUAAUCCUUCAGCUCAGCACAGAGGCAGGCCAUGUGAAGGAAGUGCUGUUGAAGUCAUCGUGUGCAGUGUCCAGCCUUGCCCAGUGGCAGGUGGCUGGGGGCCUUGGCUUCCUUGGAGCCCAUGCAGUGAGACCUGUGGUAGGGGUAUGCAGUCAAGAAUCCGUCUGUGCAAUGACCCUCCGCCUGCAUUUGAUGGCUCACCUUGUGAAGGAACAGACGCACAAACACAAGUGUGCAAGGAGAGACCAUGUCCUGUGGACGGGAAGUGGUCAUCGUGGGUGAGCUGGGGAGCCUGCAGCGUUUCCUGUGGGGGUGGCACCAGACAGAGAGCGCGUCUCUGUGCCAGCCCUGGCCCACAAUAUGGGGGCAGGCAGUGUGAAGGGAACGACAUACAUGUUGACUUUUGUAAUAGCGAGCCCUGCCCUAUCAAUGGGAACUGGGGUCCAUGGGGCAGCUGGGGCAGUUGCAGCAAGACGUGCAAUGGAGGGCAGAUGAGGCGCUACAGGACAUGUGACAACCCCAGGCCAGCCAAUGGUGGCAGAGCGUGUGCGGGCACGGAUGCACAAAUACAAAGAUGUAACACAGCCAUGUGCCCUGUUGAUGGUAAUUGGGGACCAUGGCAGUCUUGGGGAGAAUGUACUGCUUCCUGUGGGGGUGGAGAAAGGACACGCGUGCGCCUCUGUAAUACCCCAUCACCUAGUAACGGAGGCCGCCUGUGCCCAGGAGACUCCUCCCAACUAUCCAGGUGUAAUGUUGAGGCCUGUCCAGGUGGGCCACAGAUGGCACGAGGAAGCAUUAUCGGGAAUAUCAAUGAUAUUGACUUCGGCAUUGCCAUACUGAAUGCUACUGUCGUGGACUCCACGUCUGGUGGCAAACUCAUCAAAGCAUCUAUUUCAAAUAUACCAAGAUCAUUAGGGCCUUCAAUGAGGAAGCUCAUUUCCAUUCUGAAUCCCAUCUACUGGACAACUGCACAGGAAGUAGGAGAGGCUGUCAAUGGGUACACGUUGACUGGAGCUAUCUUCAAGCGAGAAACACAGGUGGAAUUUGCCACAGGUGAAAUUCUGAGGAUGACUCACAUUGCCCGGGGUUUAGACUCAGAUGGAGCAUUGUUACUGGACAUUGUAUUGAAUGGGCAACUCCUGCAGCUGCCUUCACAUGUUGAUAUCAGCAUCAAGGACUACACAGAGGACUACAUCCAGACAGGGCCAGGCCAGCUUUAUGCUCUGUCCACACGCAUGUUCAGCAUUGACAGGGAGAGCGUGCCCUACUCCUGGAAUCACACCAUCUCCUAUGACGUGUCCAAGGGCAAGAUGCCCUACUUGGUGCAGACGCUUCAUGCAACAGGAAUUAGCACUCAGUAUCAUGCCAUGGAAGAGGUGCUGGAAUACAGCAUGCAAGCUCGUAUCAGCAAGGGUGAUCGCAGUAACCGAUGUCCUCAUGGAUUCACCUUGUUUUCUGCAGGGCCAUUCUGUGCAGAUGAGAAUGAGUGUGAAGUGGGAAACCCCUGUUCUCAUGCCUGCCACAACGCCAUGGGCACCUAUUACUGCUCUUGUCCGCACGGGCUCACCAUCUCAGCUGAUGGCAGGACCUGUCAAGACAUUGACGAGUGUUUGCUGGGUACCAACGUGUGUCAUGAUGGACAGGACUGCCAGAAUACAAUUGGAUCAUACCGGUGCAUUAUGCGCUGUGGCCGCGGGUUCAGGAGAACAAUUGAUGGCCACAGUUGCUCAGAUAUCAAUGAGUGCCAAGAGUCCAAUCCAUGCAAUCAACACUGCCUGAACACCAUCGGUAGUUAUCGCUGCACCUGUGAACCUGGCUUUCACCUCAGGAACCGACGAUGUGUUGAUAUAAAUGAGUGCAGGCAGAGGGUUUGUCGAUCAGACCAACAGUGUAAAAAUACCCGCGGUGGGUACAUCUGCAUCGACCUGUGCCCAAGCGGGAUGAGCAAGGGUGCCAAUGGAACAUGUGUAGAUAUUGACGAGUGCCGAGAUGGCACCCAUCGGUGCAGAUACAACCAGAUCUGCGAAAACACCAGAGGGAGUUACCACUGCACGUGUCCACGCGGCUACCGAUCUCAGGGAGUGGGCAGGCCCUGUGUUGAUAUAAAUGAAUGUGAGCGGCUUCCGCAGCCCUGCGCCGACCAGUGUGUCAACACUCCAGGCAGCUUUAGAUGCACCUGCCCACCGGGGCGCUACCUGCUGGGGGAUGGCAAGUCUUGCGCCGGGCUUGAGCGCCUCCCGACUUAUGAGAGUUACUCUUAUGGCUUCCGAACAUCCCAGUCCUUUCCUGAGCGCAACCCCUUCCAGCACCUCUACCACAACUUGGCUUCACACAGCUAUCACUCCUACACCGCCAACACUAGGGGACACGACAGGGGCCGGACCCGAAGAGGAGUCCCCGUAAAUCAGGGCCCCGAAGCUUGUCAGGAUGGGUUUGUGUACAAGGAUGGCCGCUGCUCAGAUAUCAACGAGUGUGAGCUGAGGGAUUCCUGCCAGCAUGAAUGUAUGAACGCACCAGGAAGCCACAGGUGUCUUUGCCCAGCUGGUUACCACCUCAUGACCAACGGCAAGACAUGCCAAGAUAUCGAUGAGUGUCUUGAGCAGGACAUCCAAUGUGGUGCCAACCGCAUGUGCUUCAACAUGAGAGGAAGUUACCAAUGCAUUGACACACCUUGUCCACCAAACUACCAGAGAGAGUCGAGCACGGGGUUCUGUCUGAAGGAUUGCCCUCCAAAUGACCUGGAAUGCGCUCUGAGCCCUUACGCCCUGGAGUACAAGCUCCUGUCUCUCCCGUUCGGCAUCGCAGCCAACCAGGACCUCAUCCGACUGGUGGCUUACACGCAGGACGGUGUGAUGCACCCUCGGACCACCUUCCUUGUGGUCGAUGAGGACGUCACGUUACCUUUUGCCAUUCGAGAUGAGAACCUCAAAGGGGUGCUGUUUACUACUCGACCUUUACGAGAGCCUCACACGUACCGCAUGAAGGUGCGAGCCCUCUCCUAUAACGAAGACGGAGGCAUCGAGUACCAGACCACCUUCAUCGUCUACAUCGCUGUCUCGGCCUACCCUUACUGAGAGCACUUUAAAUGACACCAGACUAAAGGGACGUGCUGAAGUGACAUCCUCCCCAUGCAACACCACUAGGAUACAUUGAGUUCGCAUUGAGAGAAUGAAAUAAGAACAUUGACUUGUGUGUGUGUGAGAGAGGCUAUUGAGAAAGAGGAUUUAAAUACAAAACAAGUCUCGCCUAACCGGUAUUUAUUGGUUUUAAUUUGUGCCCUUGUAUUUGUAAAGACUCAGUUACCGGUAAUUGUUUAAUCCAUAUCGUUGCCUGUCACAUACAAAAUGCUCACGAGAUGCUCA